AUGCAAGAUAGCGAUAUACCCCUCUAUCUCCAUGCAGAAUUCCUACCAAACAUCCGCCAGAUAACCCUUUAUGUCUCCCUUCCCGGGACUGCGCUAUUUGAUGGAAUCCGACCAGAUAUCCAACUCUCGGAAUCAAGAAAAGCAGUCACAGUUUCCCUAUCGAAGCCAUUUGAACAUGUCACGGAAACAAUUAAACUGCCAGCACGCGUUAAUGACGCGUCUCGGCGCGUGUUGAAAUCAAUUUCUGGUCCCGCACCAAAAUCCAAUCCCAAUGGCGCCGGGGAUCCCAGCUUUGAUUUUUCUUUCCGCAUGCAGGUUGAUUCUGACGAAGAGGCGCUGGCGCCACGAGAUGAACUAAUCGAUGAGUUUGCACCCUGGACAGCAGAAGAGAUGUCGGCCUUGACUCGUAUUCGUUGUCGAGAGUGCGAACAUGCUUUCCUUGGUUCGUCAUCAAUAUCCGAGUCGGUUGAUCCGGGAGUAGGUGAAAGUCCUACCGCAGGAUGGAUCUGGAAAGACCUUCCAAGUGGCAACUGGGCUGAAAUGAUGGAUUUCUGGCAUUGUCACAAACCCGACCCCCAUGAAGGGCACGAAAAGGAUGAGAAAGACUCUGCGCUCCAGGUCGAGGAUCAAACGGCGCAGACUAAAGGAUAUGGUGCGGAUAGUCACGUUGUGGCUAUUUCCGGAACAGUCUUUAUCGAUGUUGCCACUUUCCUUCUGGCUGAGACAGACUGCGCAGGAUUAAAAAAGGGCGAUGACGAAGAGAAAAAAUCCAACAUGGAAGUCUCAGCGCCACGAACCCUCGACUGCGCAAACUGCAAUUCCAUAAUCGGCAUGGAAGAUCCAAUUGCCAAGGGAUGGCGACUCUUGAAGGCCAACGUAUCUCUGAAUACCGGUUCACCCAGUUGUGGUGCAGACAUUGCAGACUGGGAGGUUCACCCAACAGAAACCAUCGUUGCUGCACAGUUACUUGAGUUGAUCGAGAGAGAAAGUGCUCGACGGUUUGUCGUCCAUUGUGGCCAGAAGAGCGGUCUCGUGCUUUGGGUUUUCAAUCCAGAUAUGCGAUACUCGAAUUCUAGCGCCGGCUGUACUAUUAUGGCUCAGCAAGCGAUGAAAGUAUUCUACCAAAAGACCCCUGAUGUGGAUGAGCUGCUUCAUCCAGAAAUUGGGAAUCCCUCGCCUUUGUCGGUGGAAGAAUUGGAGUUGCCAUCUAUGAUAUUCGACGCAAUGUCGCAAGCAUUGACUAGGAGUAACAAAAUGCUCCCGUUCUCCGCUAGGCAGUUUAACGAAUGGGAUGUCGGGCUUUUGAGUCGUUUUAGGCGCGAGAAAGCCUGA